AAAUGAGACAAACUAGUUCCCGUAAGUCAACACACUCAACAUCUGAAAUGUCAAAAAUACCCCUGUUACUUGAUACCCCCUUUUCUCUCUCUCCCCCGUAACCUGAAACUGGAUCACAAUUUUCCGCCAUGGAUGACCAACAUUCUCCUCACUCUCACUCCUCCACCACCGCUACCUCAAAUGUCGAUGUUACCGGUCAUCAGAAACAGAGAGGAGGAGAUGUUUUCGGACUCAGAUCCGCCGGUGCCGGUGGUGGUGCUAAAUACAAGCUAAUGUCACCAGCUAAACUCCCUAUCUCAAGGUCUAACUCCAUCAACGUCCCUCCCGGUCUCAGCCCUACCUCCUUCCUCGAAUCGCCUGUCCUCCUGACUAACAUGAAGGCCGAACCUUCUCCUACCACAGGUUCUUUCUUUAAUUCCUCACUGAUGCAAAGGUCAAUCACCACUGCUGCAUUCUCUUUAGAUGCAAAUUGUUCUUCAAGAAAGCCCUUGGAUGAUAGUAACUCUGGUUUCUUUGAGUUUAAACCACACACCCAAAUUACAUCAGUUCCACAAAGUUCUUCUGCAGGAUAUCAGGUUUCUACAGGUUCCAAUCUUCAAAGAGGAGAACCAAGUGGGCAAUAUCAAAACCAAAAUGCGGGACCCACGAUCCAAGUUGACAGGUCAUCAGAUGAUGGAUACAAUUGGAGAAAAUACGGGCAGAAAGUUGUGAAAGGAAGUGAACAUCCAAGAAGCUAUUACAAAUGGACACAUGAUCAUCCUAAACCUCAACCUAGUCGCCGAUUUAGUGCUGGUGCUCUUAUGUCAAUUCAAGAGGAAAAUCUUGAUAAACUUCAAUAUGCAAAUUAUCAACCAGGCAUGUCUGCAAAUAAUGUCCAGAAUCCCAACUUAGACGACAGUGGAACCCCUGUGCAAUCUCCUAAAUAUGCAAAUCAAGAAAACACAGAUGGGAUUGAUGAUGAGGAUGAUCCAUAUUCCAAAAAAAGGCGAACGGAUUUUGGUGCACUUGAUGUGACUCCGGUGGUGAAGCCUAUACGUGAGCCACGUGUGGUGGUUCAAACCACCAGUGAGGUUGAUAUAUUGGAUGAUGGAUACCGUUGGAGGAAAUAUGGUCAAAAAGUUGUGAGAGGCAAUCCUAACCCUAGGAGUUAUUACAAAUGCACAAGUGCUGGAUGCAAUGUAAGAAAACAUGUAGAACGCGCGUCACAUGAUCCUAAAGCAGUUAUAACCGCAUAUGAAGGAAAACACAAUCAUGAUGUUCCAGUUGUUAAAAACAGCAAUCAUGAUGUUGUGGGUCCCGGGAAUCCAAGGGCUAGAUUAGAUGACAACAACAAUGCCAUCUGUCUUGAUCUUGUGGUUGGCAACGGGUUCCCGGACCACCCACAGCCGCCACAUGGCACCACCCUCCACAGCCAAGUACACGUUCAAAAUUCAAAUUUCAGAAAAGUUGUUCUGUGGAACGAUGUGUACACAAAUAGAGAGAAUGAUUUGUGUAGAAUGUAGGAUUUGGGGAUGAAAAAAGAGAAAUGUUGCAACUUGUAACUUGUAACUUGUGAGGUAGUUUGUGAUGGGGGUAUAGUACUUGUUUGGAUUGGGUAACAAUGGGAAGAGAAGGGAAGAUUGUGUAUUGAAUAAAAUAUGUCUGCAUAUAUUUGAUGUAUGGGAAUGUAGGUGUUUUUUUUUAAUCUUUUUAAUUUUUUUUAAUCAUGGCGUUUGGGAUUUUUGCUUGUAUGAAACAUUAUAAACGAGGU